AUGAUAGGAAAAUUAACCAAAAGUUUUGUAAAAGUAGUAAGCCUUCUAGUGUUUGCCUACCUCUGCCAAGUACAGGCCAGUCAUAUUUUAGAUAACAACUCCCAAACAUCUAUAAACAGUUCCAUCCAGAAUCCAGACCCUGCAAGCAGGCAAAAUCGGCUGCCUGUCAUAAGUCCCCAGAACUCCCAAACUAUGAGUAUAGAUAGCAAGCAAGUGCUAAGCCCUAACAGCGAAGAAAAUGCUCCAGCUGUACCCAAAAGGGUGUCUUCCUUGCGGCUGUAUUUUAAUAAAAAUACACAACACAUUUGCGCCAAUAAUUAUACAGAACAUUCUGAAAAGCAUAUAGAUGACUUGGAGGAAUGGAUGGAUGAGAUAAACAAUGCGCUACAAGAUAUGGAAAAGACUAAAAAAAUCCAAAAUCCUUUUAAACCAGUAACACGCGCAGUAGAUGCAUACAAAGAAAAUAAAGAAGAGUUGAAAGCUGCACAGGAUGUUUUUUGUGAAGAAAUGGAAGAACCUGUUUUAAAAAACAGUGGCUUAAACAUUUCUAAAGAAAAUUCUGAACCCAUAAAGGAUUUAGAGAAACAAGAGCCUUGCAACAAUGCAAAGCAAAAUAUACAGAAAGAAGUGCCGAUAAACACCAACGAAUGCGAUUCCUCUAGUUUGGAAACCACGCAAGAGCCUUGUCUAAGCCCUCAUACGCCUGAAUCCCUCUCGCUUCCUGAAUGUGCAGAAAUUAGCUAUGAAAAUUUAGAAAGCAUUCCUACCACUAGUGAAUUUCAGGAAAAGCCCAAGUUAUAUAUGGAUGUGGAUAAAGAUGUCAAUCCCUUUAAAGGAAACAAUAAAAAAUAUCUAGAGCGUAUAAAAAACGCAAUUGCAGCUGCAAAUAAUGUACGCUGUUCCUGGGAAAAUUGUACAGCGCAAAAAACAUCUGAAAAGACUUCUACUGGAUUUUGUGAUGAGCACAAUAAGCUGGAAAGCUAUAUUCUUGUUGCGAAGGCUAUGAAAGAAAUAGAAACCUCAGAAAAAAGUAAAAAUAAAUAG